GCCUGCAGCAUCCACACCUCCUGGUCCUGAGAGCACCACUCGUACUGAGAGCAUCCAAAGAAGUCCGGCUGCUCAGAAAAGCCACCUGGAUUCCUGUGGCUGAAGCGUAAACUUCUCACAGCGUCUGUCUUUUGGAGUCAACCCCUGAUCUCAUUCACAUCACCGCAGGCCGCUUCCACCAGAGACUGAUAAAGAUGCCGCAGCAGCACUCACACUGCUUUCUGCUCCUUUUCCUCACGGCUUUCCUCAUCGGGAUGGCUCUGUCUCUUCCAUCAACUUCUCACAGGCGCAGGGUGAGACGUCAGAAUAUGAAAGUCCGCAUCAGCGCCUCAGGAGACACCAUCGUGAUGAAGUUCCUGCAUCCUAACACCGACACCAAGCUUGAGGGCUACAUCCUGGGAUACGGCAGCAGCAUGUUCUCCAAACAGUUCAUCCAGCUGCCUGAGAACGGACAGCCGUACGAGACUGAGUUUGAUGCCGAACCAAAGUACCUUGUAGCUGUCCAGCCAAUCCCAGCCAAUGAGGUGAAAAAGCAGUGCAAAGGUAAAGUGGAACUGCAAAAGCCUCUACAUUUGGUCAUCGGGUCUGUGACGCCCACCUCUGUCCUUCUCUCCUGGGGGAUGCUGCUGAAAACACCCUUUGAAGGGAAUGUCAUGAAUGACUGCUUAGAAGAUGGACACUAUACGGUUCGUUACCGUGAGAAGAACAGGAAGUGGAACUACCAGACCUGCCCGACGAGUGACACGGUCAUUGACAAUCUGAAGCCCCAUGCCGUCUACGAGUUUGGAGUCCAGCCUAAUUCUAAAGAUGGCGCCGGAGCCUGGAGCAAACCCGUGCUUCACAACAUCAGCACUGCAGGCCUCCAGGAUAAGGUCAUCAGAAGAAUCGUAAAGUAUCCCAUCAGCCCUGUGAAAACCUUCACUCCUGCUCCUCCGUCCUUCCAGUUUCCUCUUCAGCACGCCUCUAAAAACAGGAGCCGGACCAGAGUGUUCACCUCCAGAAUCAAAACCCCACAAACAACUCCCGUUCCUACAACAGCUGCUAAACAGAAAAUUCCUGGACCAAAACUACCUGUGAUCAACAAGCAGCCUAUCGUUACACACAAACCAGGAAGAGAAGAACUAUCCAGACCUGUCUUUACUCCUUUCCCAGAGGUUCCUAUGGCUCCAAAGGGCCACCCUGAAGGAUUAGGUGAAGUAGCCAUAGCAUCUGUGCCAGGAUACCAUGAAGACUAUCCAAAAGAAAUCCCCCAUCUUGAACUUAAAACACAGACUGAACCAAAUUCAAAGCACCUGCAGCACCCACCCCAGCCAACAAACGAACUUCUCCAGAUUACACUGAAACCACUUGAUGAAAGUAUAUCACAGCCACACACAACAUCCCCAAGUGACUUCCAAACCAAACUAGAACCUCAAGUUACAAUUCAGCCGGUGCAACAGACUGACUUAAUUUCACAAUCUAAUAAAGAACAAAAUUUCCAAUCAGUUCCUUGGACAACACCAACGAUUCACUCUGAACCAAAGCUACAACCAUCACUCAAGUCCAAACCACAGGAUGAGUUGCUAAUCCAACUGCAACCAAAGACCCAGACCAAACUGCAAGCGCGUCUUCAAACAACCACUCUUCCCCUCCCGGUGACGCAUCAGCACCUGCUAACGCAGUCAGCACCUCUGUACGUACAGUAUGAAGAACCGGCACCAACAGAGGUCCGUCCUGAACGUCCACUUCACACAGAUACUAAUUUGUUUAAAAAUCCACAAACCCCAUCACCACAUUCACCAACAACACCUCAAACACAACUUCAGUUAAUCCAACCAACACAGAAACCAGAGACAAUACUUCACCAAUCCAAGUCCACCCCACAACUUCAGCCCAAGAAUCUGGGAAAAAAACAUCAAAAACCUACAAAAACGCCCAGAAUUAAGAACCAACGUGGUGUGGCAAACCUUCAAUCACACCCUCAGACAGAGUUUCCAAAAAAGGAUCCAUUUCGACCCAAAGGUCUACCUAAGGAGCACCAGCCAGGAUUUCAGACUCAGCCUCAGACCAGGACCAAGACUGAUCUUUCCAAGGGUUCGUCAAGGAAGACAAUUCAUAGGGCUCCUAGUCAUCCAGAAGAGGGCAAACCUCUAUCGAGACCCGGCCUGGCCACAGAGAAGGCUGGUAGUUACAAUCUUGGUUCUGGCUCCACCGGAUCAUCCACUGCUGAAGUUCCCCAUUCUCCCAUUAGCUCAUCGGUUCCCACAGGAAGGAGAAACGCCACGGUGACUCGCAACCGUGCUCCUUCUCAUUCCAGUAAUCCUGGUGUCAGAUCAUUGUCUCCAUCCAAGACAGCCACCUCCUCUCACACUUCCAACAAACCUGGCGCCAAUGGGGCACAUCAUAGGGGCAAUGCUCUUCCUAAACCUGUCGCAUGGUCAAGAGAAAAACCUGUUCAGAGACCCCCUGUUCCUGGCAACAAGAGACCAAAUCUGGUGGGGAAAACAAGUGAUCAUGAUAAACCUAUAGAUCUGAAGCAAGGAGGCAAGGAGUCCACCUUAAAGUCAUUCCUGCCAGUCACACCGAAGCCAAAGCACCAACACCAGCAGCAGACAACCACAGUGCUCCCCAUAGUUAACAGCAGUCGUUUUGAUCUAAAUGAAAACUCCUCCAUAUUCAGCUCCUUGCCUGCGUCAGACGUAGACAUCAUGGGGAAGAAGCGCUUUAUAGCUCCUCAUGUCAUCUACAAGACGGACAAGAAGCCAGAUGAGCCGUGCUCCAUCACCUCCUCCAUGGCUUAUUUCCCUGAUGAGGAAGGAAACGAUCUGAACGUCACUGGUCCUCCUCGCACACCGCCGUCCAACCUCACUGUGGUUACUGUGGAGGGCUGCCCAUCCUUUGUCAUUCUGGACUGGGAGAAAUCUGAUAACGAAACCAGAGAGUAUGAAGUGGUAUCAACAACCACCGGGCCGAAUGGACAGGAAGUGUCCAUCCUGACGACCAAUCAGACUCACACAGCCGUUGAGAAUCUCACGCCUGACAGCAGCUACGAAUUUAAAGUUACACCAAAAAAUGAGCUUGGAGUUGGACCAUCUAGUGAUCCUGUCACUUUUAACACAGAAUCAGCCGAUCCACGCGUAAGCGAGCAGGCAUCAGGAAAAGAUGCCAUCUGGACUCAGUUCCCGUUUAAAUCCGAUGCCUACUCUGAAUGUAAUGGAAAGCAGUACAUAAAAAGGACCUGGUACAGGAAGUUUGUGGGAAUCCAGCUCUGCAACUCCUUGAGAUACAAGAUCUACUUGAGUGACUCCCUCAAUGGGAAGUUUUACAACAUCGGGGAUCAGACGGGGUACGGUGAAGACCACUGUCAGUUUGUGGAUUCCUUCCUGGACGGUCGAACUGGAACCCAAAUGUUGGCUGACCAGCUACCAAGCAGGCAAGGGUUCUUCAGAGCGUUGAGACAGGAACCGGUCAGCUUUGGACAGAUCGGAGGAAAGUCUCAUGUGACAUACGUUGGCUGGUAUGAGUGUGGCACACCCAUACCUGGAAAGUGGUAAAAUUCCCCAUUAGGUGCUUUGGAUGAUGACUUUAUCAGCGGUGAGAAGGAAGACCUCACCGGACUUAAACCCAUCUUCUUGGACAGCAAUAUCUGUUAGAUUUUUUUCCCUCCAACCUUUCAGGUGUGAACUUUUAAAGGAUUAUUGGAGUCACAUACAUAAAACCUAACUAGAUUUCUAUAUUUAUGGGGAAAAAAACAAAACAAAAAAAACAAAUCUCACAAUGGAUGACAGAACCAAAAUAACAUACAGCAUUCAUAAAGAUACUGUUGGGAAGCUGGCUCCCAAAUAGUAUUAACUUUUGUAAUAAUAUUUAUCGAAGGGUUAUUAAUGAACAGUCUGUCUGCAGUCAAACGUUUGAGAUGUUGAAGGAGAAAGAAAUAGUCAACACGUCUCUGUCAGAGAGCACGUACUGUAGUUAUAGGUGUACAGAAAAUACUGCUUUCACGGUACAUGUACAGUGCAAAUACAUAGACAUGCAUAACUGAGCUUCUGCAGCCACUAAGGGACUAAAAUCCGCUGCAGAUUGCACAAUGUUAAACUUCUGUUCAUAUAUGUAUAUGGUGUCAAAAAUGAUAUGCUUCUCUGCUUUAAUACACUUCUGUGGCUCUCACAAAUCUUGACCUUAAAUGUAGGGCAGCCAAAAGUUUAGAAGCAGCAUUUGAGAUUUUUUUUGGUUUUGUUUUAAAGGCAAGUACAUGUCAAAUUUAUGUAUAUCUAAAACAUAUUUGUUUAUUUUAAAUCAUUACGCAAAAUGUAAAUAUCUUGAUAUUGCUCACAAUUUUCUUUCCUGAUUUUACUUUAUUGUGCAAUUUAUAAUUCCAGCAAUAAAUCUUGUUUUUAUA